GCAGGGGGCGGGCAGAGGCGGAGCCCAGGCGCCCUUAUCCCGGGCGCGGGCGGCCGGAGUUCAGAGUGCGGGCCGCGGAGCGGGCAGCGCGGUCUCGGUAUGGGUCCGCGCGCUGGGCCUGCGCAGGCGAUGCCGCCCGGUCCUUCCUGACGCCUGACGCCGAGUGUCGCCGCCCCGAUGGCCGCCGAGCCCCCUGCGCUGCGCCUGCGGCCGCCGGGGAGCACCGGGGACAGCCCGCCAGUGCCGCGCCUGCUCGGAGGCUGCGUGCCGCUGUCGCAUCAGGUGGCUGGCCACAUGUACGGCAAGGACAAAGUGGGCAUACUCCAACACCCAGAUGGCACAGUUCUGAAACAGCUACAGCCGCCGCCCCGGGGCCCGAGAGAGCUGGAAUUUUAUACUAUGGUUUACGCUGCUGACUGUGCUGAUGCUGAUCUCCUGGAGCUUCGAAAACACCUGCCCAAGUACUACGGCGUCUGGUCCCCUCCCACCGCACCAAACGAUGUAUACCUAAAACUGGAAGAUGUGACUCAUAAGUUUAAUAAGCCCUGUAUAAUGGAUGUGAAGAUAGGGCGGAAGAGCUAUGACCCCUUUGCCUCGUCGGAGAAAAUCCAGCAGCAGGUCAGCAAGUACCCUCUGAUGGAGGAGAUCGGGUUCCUGGUGCUCGGCAUGAGGGUUUAUCAUGUUCAUUCUGACAGCUAUGAGACACAAAACCAGCACUAUGGAAGAAGCUUAACAAAAGAGACGCUAAAGGAAGGUGUCUCCAAGUUUUUCCACAAUGGCUUCUGUCUAAGAAAAGACGCAGUAGCUGCCAGUAUUCAGAAGGUUGAGAAGAUUCUCCAAUGGUUUGAAAAUCAGAAGCAGCUUAACUUUUACGCCAGCUCAUUACUGUUUGUUUAUGAAGGUUCAUCUCAGCCAGCUACUACAAAAUCAAACGAUAGAACUUUGGCGGGGAAGUUUCUCUCCAAAGGCCACCUGUCGGACGCAGACGUACUGGAGUGCAACAACAACUUUCACCUGUUCAGCUCCCCGGCCAAUGGGACAUCAGUAGGCAAAAGCUUAUCCAAGGUGUACGCCAGGCACAGAAAGCUGUACUCCAAAAAGCACCACAGUCAGACUUCACUGAAAGUGGAAACUCUGGAGCAAGACAACGGGUGGAAAAGCAUGUCCCAGGAACACUUAAACGGAAAUGUACUCUCCCAACUGGAAAAGGUGUUCUAUCACCUUCCCGCCGCAGGGCGCCAGGAGAUCACAGAUGUGGAAGUGCGGAUGAUAGACUUCGCCCAUGUGUUCCCUAGCAACACAGUCGAUGAGGGGUAUGUUUACGGUCUGAAGCAUCUAGUUGCCGUCCUUCGGAGUAUUUUAGACAGUUGAGUCUCGCUGCAGUCUGUGACGGAGUGGGCCGAUCACCGUGGAGAGCCGCGGGCAUCAGCUGGGCCCCUGUAACGAUGCUCUGUAAAAAGUUUGUAUUGUGAGUCAACGUUUUAUUUGUCUUUAUACUUUUGGUAGAAGGUUAACUUUUUUAUAUUCUUACUCAGGAAUACUAAUUUGUUCAUUAGAAAACUAUGAAGAAUAAAGAAACAGGAUUGUCGAGCAGGGAAUGUGUGGGACAGGGAGUAAAUAGCUGUAACACGUUUGCAAACCAUUACUCAGCCAUUCAGAGUUCAUGUAGCUUUCUGUAGCCAGUCACCGUGGAAUCUCUGUCCGCUCAACCUUGCCGGUGAGCUGUAUCUAAACUAUGACAUCGCCAGACCACCUUAAGAUCUAGAAAGUGCAGGUUGUGUUCAUCAGGACCAGUGUGCCCGAGCUCCCUAAAACUGGAGAACAUUUGACACGGAGAUGAGGUUGUGUGGGCUCCACGUUAAAAGCAGAGAGCACGUGGUGGCUCUCCCCUUUAAUCCCAGCACUCGGGAGGCAGAGGCAGGCAGAUCUCUGUGAGUUCUAGGCCAGCUACAGAGUGAGUGCCAGGAAAGGCGCCAAAGCUACACAGAGAAACCCUGUCUCGAAAAACAAAACACAAAAAACAAACAAAAAAAAAGCAGAGAGCAGUGGAUGAAAGGUGCUUAACCGGGCGUGGUCCACCCUCGGGGGUCCCCUGCAGUUCCUUCUCUGUGCUCCACGCUGUGCCUCAUGGGAAAGGUGAGUGAGGCACAUGGCUGGCAACAGUCUUGGAAUUAAAUAGCACAAAUUCUUAUAAAGAGAGGUUAUUUGUAAAGAACAAAUGACUUUCUUUUUUUUUUUCCCUCAAGGAUUUCAUUUUUGGAAAAGUCUUCAUUUACUCUGUUGUGAAAAGUGCAAUGCUUUUUAUUACCAUUCUGAGGCUUUGGAAAGUUGCAUGGUGGAAACUUAGUUUUGUUUCUUCUUUAAAUAAUUUUUGAGACUCUUUUCCAUUAAAAAAAAAUCUAUUUUUUUUUUAAAUGUAUCCCCAUUUACUUUCGAGCCUUAACAUAAACACAUUUCUCAGAAUCUGGUUAAGCAGAGACAAUGCCAUGCCUGGGGUAGAUCGGAAUCCCGUGUAGGUUUCCCGCCCGGGGCACCUAACAGAGAUAUCAUAGUUUAAUUUCACUGAGAACGAGGGCAGGCAACUUUUCCUUGAAGAACUAGAUUUAUAGGUAUUAUGUUUAUUUUACAGCUACCACCCUUUUGAAAUUAACUAGUUAUUUAUCAGUAAAAUACUUUUAAAAUGGAAAUUAAACUCUCAAGUCCUUUUGCUGUCAGUACUGUAAUAAUGACUUGCACUUUGACUCACUGGUGUGUUACAAUAAUUGAACAGCUUGACGUUUCUGAAAAAUAGUUUUGAGUUGUGACUUUACCUUUUUAAAAAAAAAAAACCCGUUUUCCUUCAGAAUUACAAAUGAAACUGUCAUACCCUAGAACCAUUUUCUUGAACGUGGAGGGAAUUUUCAGUUUAUCUUCCUCUCCUGACCCCAUCACCGGGUAGUUUUGCAAAUGCCCACACCCAAACGCGAGCCAGGAAUAAAUGGGUCAUUAGCCAGCGUGCCUCGGGCGUGUGCGUUUCGUUGAGUUUUCACUCAGGAGGCUCCAGGUCUCCUCCACAAGGACUCCGUGUUCUCUGCCCAAGUGUGUACUGGCUAGAGAUGGUUUUGCCUCUUUCAUUUUUGUGGGAGUGCGUUUCUAGCGAUAAUUCUUAGAAAACUUUGACUUUUACCUUUUUUCUUACAAUAUUGACUUUUGUUCCUGGGUGUGAUUCAGUAACUCUCAAGCUCAUCUGGUGAACACUAUUUUGAAUCUUAAGAGGCAGUUUGGGAUGAUGUCAAGCUGUGGGCGAUGAAUAAGUCAGCUCAAGUACUCAAAGCUUUGGGCACACGGUCGCUCAGUAAAGUCCUUCAUCUACAUCUGUUUGCAGCAUUUUGGAAGCCAGCAUCCUGCCUUCCUGAUGACUAGGUUUUGUCUGAAUAAAACAGGAAGCGAUUCUUAUCUCUGCUUUUCAGGGAAGGGAUUAAUACUCAAUUCUUGUUUACAUUUUAACACUGUUGCCCACUUUAUGUUACUUUUUGAUUAUGCUUUUGAUGACGUGAUCAACGUGUAUAUGUAACCAACCUGUGGCGUUUUCUGGUCUGUCCUGUCUUGUAAGAUGAUGCUGAGAUUUGCCACUUAGGGGAUGAGGCGUCCAUCACUAGCCAAGCAUAUGUGAACACACAGAUAUUUAAGAACUAAGCAAACGAGGAGACGAUUCGGACUGAUGGAAAUGCUAGCUCUCCCCUCCCCCAACAUGAUUUGAGUGUAUUUCUUAUGGGAUGCACUCUCAUGGAAAGGACUUUCUUAAUUGUGGAUGUGAAUACGUUUCUCAAAUAAAAGUUUAAAAUUGUAAAAUAGUUUUAUAAUAAAGUAUUUACAUUAAUUAUUUUAAUAUGGAUGGAAGUUGCAUAAAUUAUAAUUGUUAAAUAUUUAAGUCGUCUUUCGAGAGAGUUUUGAAAAUGUGUGUAAGUGGUUCUAAUAGCCGUUCAAUUGCUUUGUGUGACUGAAGGGGCUUGUGCACUCUGCCUGUCCUCACUACAGGUUGCUACCAUGGCCCUGCAGGCUGCUCAACUGACUUAAGAACUAUUUUCUGAAUGUUGAUGUCCUGUAAUUUAGUGGUUUGUGAUCUCUGUGGCAGUGCUCUUCCCACCAGGCCUAGGAACUACCAAGUUUAUAGCAUUUGGGGGAAAAUGAAUUUCCAUAAUUGGGUUGCAGUCUUCUCGUUGAGUUCUGAAUUUGGAAGGUGUAGGCAGGAGGGAGUUGCUGAACUGUGAAAUGGGCACGCACUGAGGCCGACCUUUGAAUGGCCGACUGUUAGUACCACUCCACUUGAGGUCUGAUGUUUAAACAGCUGUUCAUACUUAUCUUCCAGACCCUUGACCUUGAGUUUUGUAUAUUUGUAGCUGCAAUUAUCCUUUCUCUUCCCCCUAAAAUGGUUUAAUUGCCCAGAAACAUCCAGUCCUUUUUAGAAUGCGGUUACCCUUAGGGUGGUUCACCCAGAUUCCUUUACCAAGCAUGCACCAGGUCGAGCGUUUUCAGCCCCUCUCCAGUCUACAUCUGUGAACCAGUCAAGACUAACCAUUCCCAGCAUCCUGUCUAGGUGGAGUGGCUGCUAGGGACUUCUUUCCCACAGAUCUACAGACACCUGCACUUAAAGCUGUUAAGGAGAGUGUUUGCGUAAAGAUUAAAUGGUAAGUAUGGCGUUAACAAAGAAGGCAGAUAAUUUUUGACUUUUAGGCUGAGACCAAGCGAAAGUGAGGUGAGGUCAGAUGUGUAGAAUUGUCGCCUCCAGCUGACUCUCCAUCUGGGUGGCAGUUAUAGACAAGGUAAAACAACGCUCAAUUCCACUUGUGCUCGUAAAGGUAUGCUUAGCGUCUCCUCUAGAACAGUAUUAGCAUAGCGUCACCGUGGUCAGCCCUUACUGGUGCGAACGUUUCAGACCUCGGAUUUAAAUCACCAGUAUUUCACAUUUGUCAGUGGAUACGAAGUUACUCCUUCACUUCAGAGUAGUCGCAUUAUAACGUAAAAUACUGAUGUUUGGAGGAGGAGUCCACAUCUUUGAUGGCAAUACUGAAAGUCUUCCAACUUGUUUGGCCAACUUUUAUUACGAGCUGCCACGAUUCAUGCCAUUAAGUCAGUAGAAAGUCAGAGGUGGUUUUUUUUUUUUUAAUUUUUAAAAAUGUAUCAUUGUGGUUAAGCUUUGGCCCAGUGUCCACUUACAGGAUUAACAACAGUUUCACUAUUGAAGGUAGGGUUUGUGAUCCCCUGUAGAGAAGGGGAAAGGCACACACAGACACUUUGCUGUGGGAUCAAUACUGGAAGACGUACAAAAUUAUGGAAAAUUGCACCCCGAUUGUGUCCGCGGUAACUACGGGCAACAGUGCCAGCCCCGCCCCCCUCCCCCAUACUUGAUGAAUGAAUGUAUUGCUGUACUUGGGUGUAAAUGUUCUAAAUGUCUCCAGUUUUCUUUUUCAGUGUUUGUAAUUUGUACGUUGACAGGAUAUUCUUGGAGUGCAGGGGUCAUCACUGUGUUUCUCGAAUCAUUUAAUGUGAUAUACCAAUUUUUAUAAGUGAUAUUUAGAUAAUUCCAAUAACUGUAUAUUCGACAACUUAUUAAAAUGUUUUGCAUUGGA